AUGGCCGGCAUGAUGCCAACAGAACAAGCCGAAGUGGUGGCGUACCCCCGAAAGAAGGCUGAGCUCAUGAACAGUCGAUUUAGUUGCGCCGCUCUGAAUUGGGGCGCACCUUCCAAUCAGUACAAGUAUCUUCAUCCUCUCCCAGCAUCUACCGAGCAUGACACUGGGAAGGCCACAAGCAACUUCCCCCAGGGGGCGGGCAUUCAUUUGAUUGAUUUCGCAGCCACCCAGGGCCGCGUCCAGCAGUAUCAGAACUCCCGUGACACGAUGUGCGCCAGCGCGCCCCGGUUCUCGUUGUAUCCCUCCCUGACCGAGAUGAAUUGCCUUCCGAUUUUCAACCCCCCAUUGACAUAUAAUGACGAUGGCACCGAUGCGAGCCUUGCUGCCCUCAAAACCUCCGGACAGGUGAUGUGCAAUCCCGGUCCGAACGAGAAGCCCACCGCGCAGCAGAUCCUGCAGCUGCAAAAGUGGACCGGUGGACGCGUUUCGACGCCGACGUACGGCGUCAAAAAGCGAUCUGUGAAAGCCAGACAGAAUGGCCGGGUUUGCUUCGCGGAUCAUCGAGUUGUGGUCGUGAGUAAACAUGGAGACCACACAGCCAGCGAGCUGUGCAAGAGCACUUCGGCUGCGGGGCCGGAUUUCGUCUCGACCAAGGAAGGCUUGUUCUGCGACAUGUGCACCGGAGAACUAUGGCCAUUGUGCUCACAGGCUGCUCCCACUGGGUGUUUCGAUGUGGACUUGAAGGCUAUGAGGGCGAGUAAUGGGGCAGUCACCAGUACAGGCCUUCAUGCCAGGGAUGUGAUUACUGGGAGGGACAUUCCAGAGAAGGAAUAUAAGAAGGUGGUGCAUUGGAAGUGA